ACAGAACACAUUACUGGUCAACACAUACAUCAUGGUUACGCGCCGGGAGUCUCUUUUGAAGGAGGCAAUAGCUAAUGGGUAUAACCCGUCGGUAGAAGGGCUGAGAGAUACGGAGUAUCCUCAGCUGAAAGGUGCCCUUUCUCCUGCUGGUAGUGUACCGUUAUGUGUUGAGCUUCUGGGACUGAUUGCCCAAUCGUUCGUUCAGAAGUAACAUAUCUGGAUCAUGCCGGAACAACCCUCUAUGCGACAUCCCUGAUACACUCUUUCUCCAAAGAACUCUGCGAGAACCUCUACGGCAAUCCUCACUCCCCGUCACCCUCAUCUCAACAGACCACCAAACGAUUGGAUGACAUCCGACACCGUGUGCUCCGCCUUUUCAAUGCCGAUCCCGAGCAAUUCGACAUCGUUUUCUGUGCAAACGCCACUGCGGGAAUGAAGCUGGUGCUCGAAGCAUUCACGGCUCAAAAGGGCGGCUUCGAGUACCGAUACCAUUUGGAUGCCCAUACAAGUCUCGUUGGGAUGCGGGAGCUAGCGAGCGAGGCGACCUGUUUCUCUUCCGAUGCAGAGGUGGAAAUUUGGUUGAAGGGACUAUGUGAAGAUUUACCGGGACUGUUUGGGUGGCCAGCACAGUCCAACUUCUCGGGGCGACGGUUACCAAGGGAUUGGGCUGCGAAACUAAGAAAUAAUCGGUCGGGGUGGUAUUCCCUGCUGGAUGCCGCCGCAUUAGUCACUUCUGCCCCGCUUGACCUGAGCAACGCUCGGGCUGCACCGGACUUCACGGUACUAAGUUUCUACAAGAUGUUUGGAUUCCCAGAUCUGGGAGCAUUGAUCAUACGGAAAGACUCAGCCGACAUACUCAAGUCACGGCGUUACUUCGGCGGAGGAACCGUUGACGCAGUAGGAAGCAGGGCCGGGAACUUCCACGCGAGAAAGGCAGAUUCAAUCCACGCGCAUUUGGAGGACGGAACUUCGGCCUUCCACUCUAUACUAUCGUUGGAUACCGCCAUUUCCACCCACGAGCGAUUAUACGGUAGUUUUGAUAAUAUUUCCCGUCAUGCUUUCUCACUCAUCCAAGUCAUUCAUGGACUUCUGGGCGAGCUUACGCAUGGGAAUGGGCGUAAGCUUUGCAAGAUUUAUGUCCAGGGAGGGAUUACCUCAUCCGUAACACAGGGUCCUAUAGUGGCUUUUAAUAUGCAACGUGCAGACGGGUCGUGGAUUGGGUAUGCGGAGGUGGAGAAGCUGGCAUCCGUUAAGAAUAUACAUAUUCGGACAGGGGCAUUGUGUAAUCCCGGCGGUAUUGAAGCGUCGGUUGGCCUUGAACCCUGGGAAAUAGAGCAGAAUUUUCUCGCCGGGCAUAGGUGUUGGGAUCAGCAGGAUGUUAUGCACGGGAAACCAACUGGCGCUAUCAGGGUAUCACUCGGGGCUAUGAGCACCAUCGACGAUUUGAUGGUGUUUGUCAAAUUUCUGGAAGAAUUUUAUAUUGAUAAGGAGCCUGGUAGUUCGGCUCUCCUGGUGCCGGUUGGGAAACCUGAUGCUGUGGUUGAUAGUUUGACUAUCUGUAGGCUCCCAAAUGGUGUCGGUUGACGACCUACUAACUUGGGUUAGACCCUAUCAAGUCGUGCGGAGGUUUCAAGAUACCUCCCGGUGAAUGCUGGGAAAUUCGGCCUCACGGGUUUGCUUGGGAUAGAGAGUGGUGCUUGGUACACUUGGGCACUGGAUCGGUGAUUGAUCAGAAAAGGUUUGACGCCUUCCUUCAUUUCGCCGGAUUGCUCCCUUCCUAACCCUAUUUAGAUACAACAAGAUGGCUCUCAUCCGCCCUAGGGUCGAUCCCACAUCCGGGUACCUGGUAGUCCACCUCCACAACUCCUCCGUUGCCCCGCUCAAGGUUCCCCUUUCCUUAACCCCGUCACCAAGUUGUGCCUUAAAAUCCAGCCAAUCCCGGGUCUGCGGCGACAAGAUCGCAGCUCUAACUUACACUUCUCCGCACAUCACCGACUUCUUCACCUCUGCCAUCGGCAUCCCCUGCACCCUCGCGCGAUUUCCGGCUGCUUCGGAGAACCGGCACUUCAAGCCUCAUCUCAAAGAAUCGAGCUUCGUCCAAGGGGGGGGCGACAGAUUUGCACCAAUACUCUUAUCAAACGAAUCACCGAUCCUCCUAAUCAACAGUAGUUCCGUGGACAAGCUAAACGAAACAAUUAGCUGUAGCGGCGGAAAGCUAGCAAAACCCGAAGUAUUCCGUGGGAACAUCGUCAUCCGCGAAACCGCUGGGAUAAGAAGAGCCUACGCGGAGGACUUUUGGAAGCAUGUGAAGAUUGGACGGGAGUACUUUCGGGUGCUACAUCCCCCCAGCCUUUUUUGCGAUUGCUGGAUGGUGACUGACGAAAGGCUAGCUCCUCGGCCCCUGUCGCCGUUGCCACAUGGUCUGCGUGGAUCAAGAAACGGCGGAAAAGGAUGAAGAGCCCUACGUCACUUUGACGAAGACUCGGAGGAUUGAUGGAAGAGUUUUGUUCGGACAGCACGCUGUGCACUUGCCACUCAAGAACGGGGAUGGGGUGCCAAGAAUCAGGGUUGGGGAUGCUGUCAGGGUUUGGCAGGACGGAGAUGGGGAGGAGGUGGAUGAGGGUUGUUUGGCGAGCCGGACCGGAGUUGCGUGAAGCUUUUUAUGGCGCACCUCUUCUACUCGUAUGGAAGUUUGCUUUUUUUAUUACAUGACAUCAUAUAUCGUAGGGUGGGUGCACGAGUACAAGUACAUUCACCAUGAUGGAUACCAUACCAUCUCCACCCACACGGUGCCUGCGCAUAAGUUGGUUUGGAUUUCGGAGAUGGUUCAGAAUCCCUUCGUCUGUACC